GAGUUUUGCUGCUGUCUUAACCUGCUGUUCAGAGACAGACAAUGCCUUUCUCUAGCAGAUGUUUGACUGAGUGGAGAGAGGAGAUUAAAGAUUUGGCUGAAAUGACUUAAAACAAUUGGGACUCUUCUGUUCUGACCAAUAGAAGGAAUAGUUGUGAUAGGAAACAAGAGUACAGAACUCCAAAACUAUCCCAGCUAAUGAGUAUCCAGGAUGAUGCAAGCUGCAGGACAAGUGUCUCCUGAAUCUACAGACAACACAACUACAACAGUGUACGAACGAAAGCGUCCAAUUAGAAUGGUGAAGGGGAUGUCUAGAAAACGCAGAUAUGGGUCGAAGAUCUUGGGAAAAUUGAAUUGGGAGGUCAAUGUUGUUCCCAAAGAUGCUGAAGGAUCUGAAGCCCAAGCUGAAACUUGCAGAAAAACACCACAAAGUGAAAUGGAAGCGUCCCAUCAACCAGCUGACAGUACAGAUUCACCAGUGGACCAGCGAAAGCCACCAGUGAGGAUGUUGGAGGUGGUAUAUAAUAAACGAAAAUGUGUUUCUGCAUUACUAAAGAAAAGGUGUAUCAAAACAACUGUGAUCCCGCUUGAUAUGGAUGGACCUCAAGUCAUCUCCAAUACCUCCAGAGAAACAUCACACAUUAAAACAGAAGUGGUACAUAAAAAUGCUGACAUUGCAUCUUCCUCAAGACAACAGAGAGCACCACCAGUGAUGAUGGUGGAGGUGGAGUCUAGAAAACGCAUUCCUGCAUUCUUAAGGGAAAUUUGUCAGAAGCAAUCUUUCGCCCCUCGGGAUGUGGAAGGACCUCCAGUCCCCGAAGGACCUUCUGCAGAAACAACACCAAUGCGAGUAGAAGCAUUACCUGAAAAGACACCAGUGAAGGUAGAGAAGGUGAAGAGUAGAAAAUUCAAUUGCAUCUUUUCAAUAUUUAGAAGAUUUUAUAAGAAGAAAACUGUCACCUCUCAAGAUGUAGAUGAACCUCCAGCUGCUCCAGCUGCUCCAGCUGCUUCAGCUGUCACUAGUACUUCUAAAGAAAUGUCACAAACACAAAGGGAAGGUUCUACAAAUGUCCCUGAUAUUAAACAGAUUUUUUGUCGAGAGGAAGAGUUCGACCAUCAUGAUGAGGGAGCCUGGGAAGAAUAUCAAAGUUAUUUCCCAGGUGGUAUACAUGUUCCAGAAUCUAAGCAUACAGUGGCUUCCAACAUGCUAGGAAGUUAUGUAGCCCAGGUGGGAGACACAGAUGUUGAAGAACAGCAGAACAUCGAUAGUAAAGAGAGCUUUCCUGAUGCUUUUGAAGUACAGCUCUGGGAGUUGAGAAAGGUAUCAAGUACUGUAGCUCCAGUGCUGAAUGUGCUGUAUCUAGCCCCAACUAAAUCUUCAGAUGAAGAUAUUCUACCCAUAAAGAAGAAGAAGAAAAGGAGGAAGCGCUACUACUGAUAAAAAGUCUCCAAUAUUGCCCAGGUUGCCAGAAUCAAGGAGAAGGAACAAGACCUCCAGGCUCUGUCAAACCCCAGGACACAUCCUGCUACCUGGCUGUUUAUGGACACCAGUCAGUGGGACCAGCCUCUGAGCAGCUUCAGAAACUGCCUGUAUAGAUCAAUACAGCUCUCCUUAAUCAGU